GUUAUGACUUCAACAUGGGAAUUUUAGAGGGACACAGCUCAGCCCAAAAUACUGACCAGGAAUGGAUCAAUUUGGUGGCUCUUUGAAUAACCAUACAGAGAGAUUCCAAGUGACAGUGCGUGCAAUAAUCACACAGUACCUGCCUGGUUGAUAUGCCUGAAGGAUGAAAGGAAAUGCAGAUGAGAGAAAAAUGAUUCCAGCUAAUACACCCACUUAUCAAAUUGUACCUCCCCAGUGGAUAUGCUCUAGGGCGAAAAGGAAAUGCAGAGGGCUAUUUAUCCUUCCUAGUGCUAGGUGUUCUGCAGAAGCCACGGGACACCUUGGCUCAGACUGACAGAGGGCCCAAUCAUGGAUCCUUCAUUCCUGGUAAUCUUUCCUUUGCUCCUGGCCCUGUCAACACCUUGCAACGCUUGUGAUUGUAAAAUUCAGCACCCUCAGACAUAUUACUGCACAUCAGAUGUCGUCAUAUUAGCUGAUAUACAAGGACCAGGAAACAGCACCGUGACAAAACAAGGAUUCAGAGUCAAUGUCAUUAAGGUACUCAAGGCUCCCAGAGGCAUCCCAACAAUCCACGAGAUCUACUCACCCAUCAGUUGGAGAGACUGUAGUUACAGGCUGAGGACCAAUCAACAAUCACUAUUACUUAUCGCAGGCUAUCUGAGGGGGGGCACAUUGCGCUUCACAAGAUGCCAUCUGGUCUAUUUCUGGUACCGGCUCACCAGAGAGCAGAGGCUAGGUUUUGAGGCAGCAUACAGAACAGGAUGCAAAUGUCAAGUUCAGCCCUGCCUCCACUGCUGGCAUUCCUGCCCUCAACCUGACUUUGGAGAGUGUGUGUGGAAACAAAAAGACUGUAACUACAAGGUAUGGGAAGGAAACCAUUCCUUGUUCUCCAUGUGUGUGCCCUCCAUGAAUGGGUACUGUGAAUGGACCCGCAUCCAGAUGAACUAUCCGUACCAAACCUCGGCUCCAGUGACCUCUGUUCACUAGGCCCGAAAUCAUAUAAUAGAGUUUAAUAUUCUGUCUCCUGGUCUGGCUGCUGUUAACAGAACUGAGUUAGUUUUGUACACCUCCACUGAAUUGUACACUUAAGUUUUGUUUACUUUCUGUAAGUAGUGUAUGCAUCAAUAAAACUUACAAAAACAAA